AUGGGGAGAGCUGUGGUGCAGCUCACCUUCUUCGGGCUGCUGCUGGCUUUGGCUGCUUCACAACCAAACAAGAAUGACUGGGACAUUUACAGCUUUCACAUCAACUCCACUGUCACCGGCCAAUAUGCCACCACCAUCAUUACAAGCUGUGUGGCCAACCGUAUGGAGGAGUCCAAAGACAUUCAAUUCCAUGUUCAGAUUCCCAAGAAUGCCUUCAUCAGUAAAUUCAGAAUGUUUAUAGACGAUCAGGUUUAUGAUGGAGUUGUAAAAACGAAGGAACAGGCUCAGCAGCAGUACACUGAGGCUGUGUCUCGUGGUGAAAGUGCAGGGAUUGUCAGCUCUGUAAGGAGGACCAUGGAGGAAUUUAAAACUUCUGUAACUGUGGCGGCUCACAAAACGGUCACCUUUGAGCUCACUUAUGAGGAACUACUGAAACGCACACGUGGAAAAUACAAGCUGUUGAUCCACGCUCGACCCAUGCAGCCUGUCAAAGACUUCAAAGUUGAUGUGUAUGUUUAUGAAAAAGCUGGGAUCAGUUUCAUUGAUGUGAAAGGAGGACUGAGCACUAAAGCCCUGGCUAAUGCCAUCACCAAAACGCAUGCAGACAACAAGGCCUGGGUGUAUUUCUAUCCAACUGUUGACCAGCAGAAAACUUGUGACAGUUGUGGAGAAGAAGGUAUGAAUGGAGAUCUGGUUAUUGUUUAUGAUGUCAACAGAGACACUGGACUGGGAGACAUCAAGACAUCAGAUGACUAUUUUGUUCAUCACUUUGCUCCAUCUAACCUUCCUCGAAUACCAAAAAACAUUGUUUUUAUUAUCGAUCAAAGUGGCUCAAUGCACGGCAGAAAAAUGGAACAGACUCGAAUUGCUUUGAUUAAUAUUUUGAAUGACUUGGUUGAAGAUGACUUCUUUGGUGUUAUUACAUUUGAUAGCCAAAUUUUCCACUGGAAACGUGAACUUGUUCAGGCCACCAACUUAAAUUUGGAGGGGGCCAUAGAAUUUGCAAAGAAUAUAAGGGAGAGAGGAGCAACAAACAUUAAUGAAGCAGUGCUGGAAGGAGCACACAUGCUGAAUGAACACCUCCGAGAAGGAUCAGCAUCUAUCCUGAUCCUUCUCACAGGUGGAAACCCAACUGCAGGGGUGACAAAUCUUGAGGUUAUACAGUCAAAUGUAAGACGGGCCAUUGCAGGAAAGUUCCCACUCUAUUGUGUUGGUUUUGGGUUUGAUGUCAAGUUUGAGUUCCUUGAGAAAAUGUCACUGGAGAACAAUGGCAUGGCGAGACGGAUUUAUGAAGAUUCUGAUGGUGAUUUACAGCUGAAGGAUUUCUAUGAAGAAGUGGCCACUCCUCUAUUGACAGAUGUGACAAUGAUCUACAUGGGAGGAACCAACCUGACGCAAACUAAUUUCAGUCAGUAUUAUAAUGGCUCUGAGAUUGUUGUGGCCGGUGAGAUCAUGGACAAUGACACUGAAACCUUCAGUCCUCAAGUUGUGGCCAUUUCAAAUAGUAGAAAAAUGACUUUUUCUAACACCAACACCUCUGUGGAGCCCUCUGCUGAAACAGUGACUGAAGGCGUCCUUCAGAGGGUUUCGGCCUACCUCACAUUUAAGCAGCUUCUAAAGCAAGAGUAA